AUGAAUCCGACGGACUCGUUCCGCAAGGAGCAGCGGAAGCGCGAGAUCAAGAAGAACAAGGUGGAGCGCCGCAAGGUCCGCGAGACCGGCGUUCUGCGCAGCGACCCGGCCGCCAUUCGCGAGCAGAUCGCGAAGCUCAACGCCGCCAAGUCAGAGGGGCCAAUGGAGAAGACGCGCAAGCACAAGCUGAGGCAGCUGGAGGACCGGUUGCAGCUGGUGCUGAAGAAACGCAAGGAGUUUGAGCAGAAAAUGAGGGAGCGGGGGGAGGACCCAGUCAUGUUCAGCCAUCUCACUGCCCCUCGCAAGUCCGCCAACGAAGCCAUCAGGAACCUUCGCCCAGAGCCUCCCCCUCCUCCCCCCCGCGCUGGCUUUCCCCCUGGGAUGCGCCCCCCUCCCCCUCCCCCCCGACCUGGGGCAGGGGGAGGGAGGGGAGCGGAGGGGGGAGGGGAAGAGGAGGAGGAUGCUAGGCCUCCUGGGGUUGAGAUGACUGGUCCGCCUGCUGCUGCUGCUGCUGCUGCUCCGGGUGCUGGUGCCGCUGGUGCCGAGGGGAAAAGAAUCCCCCCUCCCCCUCCUCCCCGUCACCACCUCCCCUUGGGAUCCGCCCCCCCCGAAUCCGGCCCCCCCUCCCGUCCCCCUGGUGUUCCCCCUCCCCCUCCCCCCCGCAUCACCCCCGGAGCUCCCCCUUCCGCCACUCCCCCCAAUCUCCCCCCAGGCAUGCGCCCACCUGUUUUCCCCCCACCAAUGACCCCCCCAGGAGCCCCCCCUGGGGGUCCCCCUGGUACCCUCCCCCCUCCGCCUCCCCCCCGCCCCAUAGGGGGAGUUUCCCCCGGCCCUCCCCCCAGACCCAUGGGAUCCGCGCCCCCAUCCAUGCACCCUCCCCCCGGCCCUCCCCCCGCACACCUGCUCCGCCCCCAACACCCUUCCCCCUCCCCUGGCGCUCCCCCAGGCGCCCUAGUCCCCCCCGCCCAUCUUCCCCCAGGCAUGCGCCCUCCCCCUGGCCCUCCACCUGGUCGUCCGCCUAUGGGCCUGGGGGGAGGACCGGGGGGGGGCAUUCCCCCCCCGCCUCCCCCUGGGAUGAGACCCCCCCCAGGCCCCCCCCCAGCAGCAGCACUUGCCGGUGUGGGUGGGGGGAUGGGAGGAGGAGACGGGGGAGGAACGGAAGCAGGAACGGCAGGGGGAGGGGGAGCAGGAGGAGCAGGGGGGGCAGGGGGAGCGGGAGGAGCAGGGGGAGGGGGAGGGGCGGAGGGUAAGCCUACUCCCGCGUAUGUGAAGGUGGCAGCUCCGAUGGUGGUGAAACGACCCCUGGCACAGCACACACCGGAGCUCACUGCCAUGGUCCCAGCGUCCGUGCGGUCUGUCGCGCCUGUCGCGCUGCUUACGCCGAUCGGCGCAAGCGCGCCCCUGCGACUACUGCGGAGUUCGCGGCGAAAGAGUCCUACGCGGCGGCUUGCGCAUGCGGGCGCGAUGCGCGAUCCGCUUCUGAAGCGUGGCUCCGCUGCAGUUUGCGGAGCGGUGGCUGCUAAAGCGGCCGCGGGGGGAGACGGCGGAAGGAAACACGAGGGGAGUGAAGCCCCCGGGGAAAAAUGCGCGCAGGGCAAAGGCGCCGGGGGGAAAGCCGUGGCGGGGAAAGGCGUUAAGGGGGAAGGCUCCGGAGACGAAGAGUUGAAGGGGCUUAGGAAGACGGUUAGCGGGAAGAAUCUACGUGAAACGAAAGAGAAGGAGACGAUGCUCAAGGAGAGGCAGACGACGGAGAAGAGGCAGAAGAGGGAGAAGAAAGCGAAUAAGGGCAAGAAGGAGAAGAAGGAAAAGAAGGAGAGGGAGGAGAAGAAAGAAAAACUUCAGCGAGCGAAGACUAUGGAGGAGGGUGACGGUGCGGAAAGGCUUCUGAAAGGAAGGGCCGCGGAGGAGGGUGUUGCGGGAAGGGGCGGCGCGGAGGAGGGAGAUGAGGCGCAACCUUCCGGAGCGGAAGCCUCGCGGAGGGGAAGAAGUUCAGCGGAGGAUUGUGCGAAAGAGGAACCCCUCGAGCGCUCCUGGCGCACCGUGUUUUCUGCUGCUUCCUCCGCGGAUCGCUCACCCAAACCCUCCCGCGGGCUCCUCACCGACCCUGACCCCGUCCCGAUCCAAGGCAGCAGGCUCGGGAACGACUCCGCCCCGAACCAAAGCCUCAGCUUCGGCGCUGCUGACUUCGCUCCGGACCAAAGCGGCAGGUCCGGCGGCGGGUGGUGUGGGCUGUGCGGGGACGGGUCGGGAUGGGUGCAGUGCGGUGCGUGCGACGGGAAAGGCGCGUAUGCUACGGCUCCUGGGCUGGGGGGAGUGAAGGGAAAGGUUGGAUGGGCGUUGUGCAAGACUUGCUAUGGGUGGAAGGCGACUCCUUGUGUUCUGUGCGCUGUUAGCGGCGCGGAGGAGUGGUUGCAGUGGCAGGAGCAUGCUAUGAGGCACCCUGUGAAGGUGAAGAUUGGGGGAGAGGAGGUGGGGAGGACAGGAGUGGAGGAAAGGGAGAUGUGA